GUUCAGCACUGAUGCAGAACAAGGGACCUACGCAAGAGUAAAUAAUGUUGGCUGAGUUGUUACUUGGGGCGGCGCUCCUCUACCUCCUGUGGUUCGCGGUCUUCAAAAAGCCUGAUGGGCUGCCACCAGGCCGAUGGGGUCUUCCGCUGGUCGGCUACAUACCCCUCAGCGGAAAACACAUGGAGGAGCAAUUCAAGGACCUCCAAAAACAACACGGGGACAUUUACUUAUGGCGAAUGGGCACCCAGGUGAUGGUCUUCCUGCACAGUUACCAGCUCAGCAAAGAAGCCCUCGGCAGUAGUGCUUUUCUCGACCGUCCGACGUCGGAAGUGUUCAGACUUAUGGAGCCUGUUGCUCAUGGUGUAAUUGGAAGCAACGGCAACAUCUGGCACACCAACCGCCGCUUCAGCCUCCGCCAACUCCGGGAUCAGGGAAUGGGCAAGUCCAGCUUGGUCUCCGCGAUCCAAAAGCAAGCCCGCGAGUUGGUCGAGGCGCUGAAAGGCCAAGCGAGCAAGCCGGAGCGCAUCCCCCGGGAUCUGCGGGUGGCUGUUAUCAACAUUAUCUGGCAUAUGGUUGCGAGCAAACAGUUUGAAAAAACGGAUCCCAAGCUGCAAGAAUUCAUCGACAUUUUUGGCGAUCUGAUGAAAAAUUUCGGACCAAUAGUAAUGCCCGAUUUUAUCCCUUGGAUUAAGUAUUGUCUUCCCGAUUUCCUCAUACGCCGCCUCUUCUCCGUCGAAAUACUUUACACUCUGAAGGAUAAAUUCUUCGAUUACUGCCAGGAACUGAUCGAGGAACACAAAGCUUCCCUGGAUCCUGAUGAUCCUAAGGACCUAAUUGAUGGCUACCUUCUUGAUAUCGAGGCAUCGAAAGACGACCCAGACACGAUUCGAACAGAAAGGGAUCUGUGCAUCCUCAUCCUGAACCUGUUCUUCGCCGGCAGUGAAACCACGGUCGGGACCCUCGCCUUCAUGUUCUUCUACCUAGCCAACCACCCGGAAGUUCAGAGGAAGUUCCAGGCGGAGAUCGACGAGGUUCUGCCGAAAGGGCUACACUCGAGGACCGAAGCAGAGGCCACUCUAGGGUGUUUCACCUGGACAGAUUGGGGGAAGUGUGUUCGUAGGUUCACCACAGCAAUCUAUGAUCGGUUAACAUUGCUUGAAAACCUGACAAACCAUGUAGUCCUGUGGAAAUUCUUGAUGUAUGAGUCCAUUGGUGAACGUCCGAGGACAAGGCAGAACGUUGGAGGCCACAGAUGCAUGUCACAUGGCUCGUCUGAACAGGGAUUUGCACAGUUCCUUAGUACGCAGGGCUCUGCCUCUGCUGAAAAAGGAUAA